AUGGACGGGUACCACGGCGGCUCGAAUCAAGACGGCGACUUCAACGACGGCUCCUUGGACAACGCUUCCGGCUACGGAGACGGCUCCGAAACCAGGGACUUCCUGUCCCAGGCGCCGCCAUACGCCGGAUCCGGGGCCCACACCGGCUUCCGCAACAACUCCGGCGACGUCUUCGGCUACGGCUUCGGCAGCAACGCGCCCUCCCUUAGCCACCUGGGGUUUAGCGAGCUGGACCUCAACGCCAGCCAUUCGUGGCCGGGCUUGGCUCGUUACCAGGAGAUCCUCCAGUCCCCGGCUGAAGACGGCGGCAGCGCUCACGGCCCCCCUCCCGUGCGCGUGCCAUCCCGCGCCGACAGGGGUUCCCUCGGCCUCCGACCUCCUCGCCGUCGCGUGCCUCCCCUGGGGCCUCAUGGUGAUGAGGCAGGCGGCUCGACUGGCGGUUCCAGGAGGCCCGGUGUGCGUCGCAGCCUAGUCCAGCCCGCCGUCGCCGACGAGGACGUCCCUCCGACUAAUGUCCCGCUCUACGUUGACGAGAUUGACAAGGGGAACUGCCCUAGGGGUCAGAUGUCGAAGUGGGGUUGGAAAAAUUUGACAGAGGGUUACUUCAAAGCGACAAAAUUAGUUCAUGACAACAUCAUCUUUGGGAGUAGGGUCCGCCAGCUGAAGAAGGAAUGGAAUGACCUACGGAAGCUCUAUCACAAGGAGACAGGCUUGGGGCGCAAUGCAGAUGGCUCCAUCAGUGCUUCAGCUGAAUGGUGGAAAACCAACGACAAGGACAACAAGCUUAAGGGUACACUGUCUGACUACAUGGACCUUUUGGAGCGCAUGUUCCUUGGCGUAGCAGUGACAGGGGAAACCGCUUAUGCUCCUAGCCGUAGGAAUGCGCCACUGUAUGUGAGCAAUGACGAAGACGUCCAUACCCCUCAGAGCACUGGGAGCAAGAGAAGCUACAGCAGCCUCAGCACCCGCAGCACUGCUGCUAGUCCCAGCAAGAGGGGCAGGAGUCCAGCAGUGAGGAUGAACGAAGGCAUAAGGAACUUGACCGUCAGUCUGGACAACAGGAUGAAGCGCUGA